AUGCAAGGGGAAAUAAAUGGUCUCAAGUCUUUGAUUUUACAAGAUACGUCAUCUGCAUAUUCUAUUCACUGUUUUGCUCACCAAUUGCAAUUGGCACUUGUAGGUCUUUCCAAAAAGAAUUCGGAUGUGGAUAAUUUUUUUUAUGUUCUCACUAAUAUUUUGAAUACUAUUGGAGCUUCAUUUAAACGCAGAGAUUCACUUCGACAACAUCAAGAAGAUAAGUUGGAAGAGUUGCUUAAAUUUGGAGAAGUUCAUACAGGGCAAGGUUUGAAUCAAGAACGUGGCCUCCAACGACCGGGUGAUACUCGUUGGGGGUCUCAUUUUAAAACCUUGGACAAUUUCCUGAUUCUUUUUUCUUCAAUUGUUAAUGUGCUUAAGAAUAUGAAACGUGAUUGUCCUUAUUAUCUUGAUAGAUUUACGGCGGAAAAUCUUUUGAGCAAGAUUCAUGAAUUUGAAUUUGUCUUUAUGUUGCACUUGAUGUUUAAGGUGUUGCUAUUGACGAAUGAGUUGAAUAAAGUUUUACAAAAGAAAGAUCAAGAUAUUGUUAAUGCUAUGGGAUUGCUUGACCUUUCAAAGAAACGAUUGCAAAUGAUGAGAGAGGAUGAAUGGGACUCUAUGAUGGAUGAGGUUAGCUUAUUUUGUGGUAAACAUGGAAUUUCAAUUCCCAAAAUGAAUGAAGACUACUCUAAUGGGAAGUCGAAGCGUAAGAGGUCCAAUAUUUCAUAUUUGCAUCACUUUCGUGUGGAAGUAUUUUAUGCCGUCAUUGAUUUGGCACUUCAAGAACUCAAUAAUCGUUUUGAUGUGGUGACUAGUGACUUGCUCCUCGGUAUGGCUAGUUUGAGUCCGGUUGAUUCAUUUGCUAAUUUUCACAAGGAUAGGAUAAUGAAACUAGCCGAGUACUACCCAAGUGAGUUUGGUGAUAAAGAGCUUCGGGAACUCAAUUUUCAACUUGAUGAUUUUAUUGUCUAUGCUCAAAAGUGUGAUAGCAAGUUUCUCAACUUGAAGGGAAUCAAGGAUCUUGCAAAAGUGAUGAUAGAGACAAAACUAGAUCAAACUUGGUCACUUGUGUAUCUACUUGUGAAGCUAACUUUGAUUAUUCCUGUUGCUACCGCAAGCGUGGAAAGAGCAUUCUCAUCAAUGAAGUACAUAAAGAAUGAUUUGCGUAAUAGGAUGGAUGAAGAUCUUUUGAAUGGUUGUUUAGUUUGCUAUAUAGAGCGUAGUAUAUUUAAAAAUCUGAAUAUUCAUAAAUAUGAAAUGUACUAUAUUAUGUUGAUUAAAGAGGGCAACUCAUACUUCUGGUUAGACAAUUGGACAGGACUGUGUGCUUUAUGUCAAAUCAUUCCACCAAAUGUUGAGUGUGAUCUUACAAUUAUACUAGUCAAAGAAACAGCUGAAGGGGGGCAAUGGCAAGAAAAUACAUUGAGAAGAAUUCUUCCUCAAGGGUUGGCAGAACAUAUUCUAGAAAAGGUGGACCCACCUAAAGAGGAGGAGGAAUUAGAUAGACCAUACUGGAAACUGGAAGCUAGAAGCAAGAGGAAAAUUCACAGUAGUGUCUGCCUUCCAGGUAACGAGACAAAGAUGGGAGGUCAACAAAAUAUAUAA